ACAAGAGAGUUAUCCUUCCAGGUUAAAACAAUACAAAUUGUGCACUCUUGAAUGCAUAUGCAUUGCAUCAAUUGAAUUCUUUGAUUAACAUAGUGUGUAUAUGUGUAUCUUCUUUAUGGUAAUUAAUGCAAUAUGAGAAUAAAUUGAAUUGAAUUGUAAAAGUGAGCGAGCGCUAAACGAAUGCAAAGUGAAAGAAAAGUGUGACCAAUGAACUUGGUGAACUGUGGGCGAACACGGCCGCAGAGUAAAAGUGUCUCAAAUAAAUUUGGCCCAAUUGUUCUUUACGAAGAAGUCUAACAUUGAGAAAGAAGAGGUUUCGAUAGGACCGGUGGAAAUACAUCGGUAAAUACAUGUAAGAAACUAGUGUAGUUGGUAAUAUUCAGUCACGUCUCCUUUAUCAUAUUUCUUUCUUUUUUCCCGUGACCAACAUAUAAUAGUUACGUCAUUAAGGUAUGUAUGGGGGCCUAAUUGAAACCAUCUGUGAGGACUAUAGCAAAUAACUGCAUGUUACAGAAUUUAAAUUUACGAAAAAUGUAAAAAGACUAUUAAAGAGUAAAAUAAAAGUAGUGCAAAUUUUGAAUAUUGUAAAGGUAUCUAAAAAAUAUUCUGGUAAUGAAGACCAUUAGAAUUCCAUGAAAAGUGUUUAUGCUCUCUUGUGAAGAGAGCAUAAACGCUGUUAUUUCUAUAUUAAUAUAAAUAAUGUACUAGCAUAUAUUUAUAUGCUAGUACAUUAUUUAUAUUAAUAUAGAAAUAACAGCGAGAUACCGGUAUAUAAAACAAACUCCUGCAGUAAACAUAUGUAUAUAUAGAUAUCAUAUUUAAUGUUUAUAGUAUAUCAUUAAUAAUAUAUGAAUAACAUUCUAUACACGUCAAUGUGUACUAUUCCACUUGGCAAAAGAGCGACCAAUUGACCUAUUAACAAGGUACCCUGUAUUUGCUGAACAAUUCACUCUCAAUACAAUGAAAAUUAAAAAAAAGAAAGAAAAAAAAAAGAAUAUAAAAUAACAACAGCAGCUCCAUCAAGUACUCAUAUAGAGAGUGUUAGUCAUGCAAACAGGUAACUGCAUAUCCCCAGGACUGAGCAUGAGCAAGACUUCCCCUAACUUCAGGUAGUCGCAGAUCACAAAGUGAUUUUCAACAUCAAAAAUAUGAGUUGGAUUCCAUAACCUUACAAAAUCAUUUUCCCUCUAUAUCCAGAUGUAGAAAACACCCCCUUAACUGUCCCUGUUUCGUAUGCACGGAGAGAAAUACAGGUGUCCUUUUGACAGGUUGGGCCAAGGACCUCCCAUAAUUCCAGAAUGAUCUAGGUCAACAAGAGUUCCAUAAGAGGGGGCAUAUCCCCUUGCAAUGAGUGUCUAUGAGCUUUUUUCAUAAUGUCUGGUAGUUACUUUAACCUUUGGACCCCAAAAUCAAAAGGGGUUUUCCUGUGUUGAUAACAAAUUUACAUAGUCGAACAAAAAUUGUGGCCUCUAGAGCGUCGAAAAGCUUUUUCUAUGAAGUUCUGUGGUGACUUUGACCUUUGAUUCCAAAAAUCAACGGUCUUCUACUUCUUUUGAUAACAAAGCUACAUGUAAAGCAUCAAAUCAACCAAGCAAAAAUAUGUCCUCUAGAGACCAGUGUUACACACACACAUACGAACACACUAACAUACACACAAUAACACAUGCAUAAUUAUAAAAUUAAUAUUGACGUUAACUUUAUUGUUUUGAUCUGUAGUGCACAAUUCAUUGAUUUAGGUACGUAUUGAGUCUCCUAUAAAAUUUGGCAAAGUAAAAAAAAAUGAUUAAAAAAACCCGCCCACCCCAAAAUAGUAAAUGGAAACACUAACUGAUGGCUAUGCUUUCAAACGUUUCGGUAGCAGAAACAAGUCAUUACUGACCUUUGACCCUACUAAGACCUUGAAAUUGUGACCUACACUCUUAAACGUAUAUAUAUUCAUGUGUUAUAGCGUGAAACAAUAUUUUUAAUUUGUACGAAAUUACAACGACUCAUAUAAUCGCAAAAUUAACAUUAAUAUUUAGAUACGUGUUGUAUUGAGUAACAAAAUGGUAUUACGGAAAUAGAAGGUCUAACAACAUAAAGCAUCCAAUACUUUCCCGUAUACGCAAAGUUAAAUUGGUGGAGGGUACCAUAUAUUUUUUGUCAUGUUUUUCAAUGUUAUCUUAAUGUGUUUUUUGGGGGGGUUGGGGGGUUGGAAAACAAACACAAAGCACUCAACUGCAAAUGUUGGAAAUUAUGAAAAUAAGUUUAAGAUUGUUUUCAAAAAAGAAGAAAAAACCCACAUGAGCCAAACUUGUAUUCCUAUCGAAAUCCUUCUUCACAAGCGGUCGGACGAUGAUUAGAAAAGCUCACGUGAAAGCUCUACCGUUUUGACGGAAGACCUUAAAAAUAAAGCCGGAUGCUUACGCUGCAAAAUACACCUGUACAAUGCAUUCAGUGUUAUUUGUUAUAUUGAAUAGAGUACAACUUGAGAAGCGAAAAUACAGUCUUAGCAAUAAUACCACGGGGAGCAUGUAUACCAAGUUUCGUAAUCAGUCUCAUUAGUACUUUAAUUUUUUCCGUCACGAUUAACCAUGAAAGUUUGACAUUGAGAAGUUAAGGCAUUUUCCUCUCACCAUAGGGAACAUGUGUAUCAGGUUUGAUUAUCUUUGCCUGUGUAAUACUCUUUUUAUUCUUCCCACAAAGUGCUGAUGGAUGAACACACACACACACACACACACACAGAGAGAGAGAGAGAGAGAGAGAGAGAGAGAGAGAGAGAGAGAGAGAGAGAGAGAGAGAGAGAGAGAAAGAGAGAGAGAGAGAGGGGGGGAUAUCAUAAUACUAGUAUCAUACAUUCCGUCUUUGAGGGUGCAUUUAAUUUGAUUUUUCUAGCCCUUUUAGUAUUGUUUUAAUCUGUUUUGUGCUAAUAGAAUUCUAAUAAUUUGAUAUUGACAUUUGACGCAUAUAGACUAUGAUGUUUCAACAUGUUUAAUUAUAAUAGCUUUGCUAGUACUGUUUCUAUCUUGUUUCGUGCUUGUGAUAUAGAACUAUCCCCGUCUGUAAGUUUGACAAUAGCCUUUGACCUUCCAUAGUUAUGGUAAAGAUAUAUGUACCGAGUGUAAUAUGAUCCUAGCUCGAUAAGAGUUCUGUUUUAUCUUAUUCAAAAGGAACGAGCAGAUAAAGGAAAUAACAGCUAGAUGCUCCAUACUAUAUCGUCUAUAAUGGGCGUAUAUUCAAGUUAUAUGGAUGAAAACAUACGGUUUAUAAUAUUUUAGUUUUGAAUGAAAUAUAUAGAGUAUCUGAAUUGUGUUACCGUUAUUAAGAACUAAAAGGAUAAGGUUAUCUAAUUUACAGCAAACCUGAUUAAAACUUGUUCCCUAAUAAAUAAUAUAUGCUAUUUUGUUUAGCAAUAUCAAAUGAAAACACAGCUAGUCCCAAAAACAAAUUUGAAAAGGAGGAUAGAAUGGAGGGGGGGGGGGGUAGAAAAAAGAUUUUUUUUAAGAUGAUAAACUUAUCAUUUAAUUCCAAAUGCAUUCACAGCGCAUGCGUUGAGGAUGUGUGACUGAACAGGAAAUUCCAAAUAUUCAAUGACCUUUCACUCAAUUUGCUCCAAAAGCGACGGCAGUGAAAAUUCUUAGCUAUCAUCUUGUGCAAUCGCAAUCGUCUUCAAUAAUUUUUGCUUUUGUUUACUAAUCAUUUCGAUUAUAUUUCAGUUUGGAUAUAUAUUGCUUUUAAAAUUGUGCUAAUAUAUGUGUGCUUUUAUUGUGAAAUUUCAUAUCAGUGGUUGAUUUUGCUGUUUUCUUCGUUCUGUGAAUUUAUUUUUCAGUUGGAAUUUCUUUAUUUCUGGAAACGAUGGCAGAAAGAGCAUCCAACAACCAGAGAACUCAGAUCGGAUCAGAGCCAGUUCAAUCCACACGACUGCGAUGCCAACAAAGGAUGGUCAGUGACUGUGGAUAUGACGCAAGAAAAGAAGCAGAGGAAUUCAUCCGAGAGAAGAAGGACAAGAAAUGCCUACAAGUUCGUUUCAUUGAUGAUGUCAUUGGGAAAGGUGUUUUUGCAUUAAGAGACUUUUCUAAAGGAGAAUUUUUGCUGGAGUAUGAAGGAGAGCUUCUUAAUUUCAAGGAAGGAUCUAGGAGAAUGAAGGAGUAUCCACAACACCUAGGAAGUUACAUUUACUUGUUUAAUUUCAAGAACAAGAAAUUUUGGAUUGAUGGAACAUUUUCCAAGCAAACUGGAAAAUUUGUGAAUGAUGCAGAGAAAAUGGCGAAAGAAAAUAAUUCCGUCAUGAAAUUAAUGGAGGUAGACGGGAAUCCUCACCUUGCCCUUUUUUCUACCAGGAAGAUUUUUAAAGGCGAGGAGAUUUGUUAUGAUUAUGGAGAAAAAAACCUGCCAUGGAGGAAAAAGAAACAAAGAAAUAGAGCUGAAAAGAAAGAAGAUGUUAAGAUAAAGGAUUGUACAGUGGUGUUAGAAAAAUUAGAUUUGAGAUCCUUAAGAAUUGACAAAGAUAAAGUUUCCCAGCAAGUUGAUGAGAUUUGGUCGCAAUCAGCAACAACAGAUUUUGUUUUAGGAAAUGUCCAUGGAAUCAACAUCACUGACCGUGAUAUUAGAUCCCUUCAAGGAAAUGAAUGGCUUACAGAUCAGGUCAUUGAUGGAUAUUUAAAGAUCCUGUGUGAAGCAGAGAUGGAUAAGGGAAGGCUGGUUAUGCAUAUUCCAGUGCAGACCAUGACUUCCAUAUGUACAGGAAAGCAGUCAUCGCAUUCCAGGAAAAUAUUUUCCAAACACGUCCUAACCUACUAUGAAACCAUUUUGGGAGUGUGUCAUCUGAGAGGAUCCCAUUGGAUUCUUGUGAUUUUGGAUCCCUGCGAAGAAAAGUUUUAUUUCUUUGAUUCUUUGGGGUAUUCAGAGAAAAUGGCCACACAGAUUAUGCAUCAUUGGAGUGAAUUUCUCAGCAAGAGGCCUUUGGAGAAACAAAUUUUAUGGAGAUUGUGCCAGAGAGAUUCAUCCCUACAAACAGAUGCCUACAAUUGUGGGGUGUUUUCAGUCAUGUUUGCAGAUAGAUUUUUGACAAAGCUACCUCUAACUGGCAUUACUCCUGUUGAUUUACAACUACAGAGAAGACGUGUUGCAGAAAAACUACUACGCUAUGAAGUGAAUUUGAAAAAUGCUUGCCCAUGCUGUGGACUAGAAAUUCACAAUGAAGAGAAGAUUUCAUGCAUUUCCUGUGGAAGAAAUUUUCAUAAAAAGAGUUUUUGUGUCGGAGAAGAAAAUAUUACGGAUGAUAUUAUGAACAUACUUUGCAGAGGAUGCAAUCAAAAAUUGAAGUUAAUGAAACACUCAAAGACAGAGACAACAGAAUCUUCUCUCUAUUUAGAUAAACAGGAUUCCAAAGAAGAAGAGAAUCUGGAUCUUGGUUCUGAGGAGAUGACCGAAACCUGCAACGAGAUCAAUAACCAGGAUUUCAAAGAAGAAACUGAAGAAGAGAAACUAGAUCUUGGUUCUGAGGAGACGACCGGAACCUGCAAGGAGAAAGAUAACCAGGAUUUCAAAGAAGAAACUGAAGAAGAGAAACUAGAUCUUGGUUCUGAGGAGACGACCGGAACCUGCAAGGAGAAAGAGGUGAAUGAUGCAGCUAAAAAAAAGAAACCAUAUAGGCCAUGCCCAUUUUGUGAUAUUCAACAGUCUGCUUUGACUAGACACAUACAGAAAUGUCACAGAGGAGAAGAGGAGGUGAAAGCAGCAAUGAAUUUGCCAGGACCAGAAAGGCGGCAAGCUUUCAAAAACAUGAAAAGAAAGGGAAUUUAUCAGCAUAAUGCUCAAGUAAUGAAGUCAAAAGAAUUGGAUAUUCAAUCGGUGUCGGAGCUUAUAAGAGAAAGAAAUACGGGUACCUGCUUAUCAACUACCACAUUGGUCAUGUGUUCUCUGUGCAAGGCGUUUCUAAAAAAGACAAAUUUAUAUCGCCAUAAAAGAUUGUGUAAAGGUGCAGAGGAGACAACAACACCUCCCACGGGAAUAUCAUUGAAAGUGCUUAAGGAAGUAGAGUAUCCUGUAAAGUAUCACCAAUUUCUUGAAAAAUUUCACACAGAUGAUGUUGGAGAAACCAUUAAAGGAGACACAUUUAUCAAAGAAUUUGGGUUCAUGGAGUUUCAAUCACUCGAAGGAACAACCAUUAAAUUGGCAGAAAAGCUCAAUACUUUGAGAUCAAAACUUAGGCGACUUGCCAGACUUUUCAUUUACUUUAAAACUGUUGCCUCAGAGGCUGGAGUUGAGGUCAAAGGUUGUGAUGACAUGUUCUGUGUUAAAGGAAUUAAAUUACUAAGCACAGCAGUAAAUGGUAUGACACAGGACUCUGAAGGUGACAUUAAAAGUGGUCUGAAGCUUGGAUUGAGAUCAUUAAUAUUAGAAGUGAGUAACUCCAUAUAUGCUACUCAGAUGCUGAUGCAAGAAGAGGAUAAGGCUCUGGAUGUAGAAAAAUUUCAGAAAGUCCUGAAGAUAAGAUGGAAGUCAUUUUUUGAUUCCGCACAAGAAGCUAUUUUAAAGAAAAGACAAAAUGAAUCUCGUGAUCCUAAACACCUUCCCACCCUUGAAGAAAUACGAAACCUAGGAAGAUUCACAAAAAGCAAUAUAAAAGAACUUGUGAAAAAUAACAUGUAUUCACAAAUGGAUCAAAAUUCAUUUUGCAGACUGAGGAAUAUCAUAGCUUGUCGUCUUACUUUAUUCAAUGCAAGGCGAGGAGGGGAAGCUGCCAGACUCACUAUUGCAGAAUUGAAUGAUGGUUUAAGUGGAAAAUGGGUCGAUAAGUCACUCAUACAGAAAUGCGAUGAUGACGAUGACAUUAAAAAAAUGUCGUGUGAAAUCAAAUUAUCCUAUCUUCAUUCAUCAAAAAAGACCCAGUUGGUACCAGUUAUAAUGCCAGAGGACUGCUGGCAGGGUUUAAAAAUGUUAUCAGAUAGUGAUCAUAGAAAGUCAGCUGGCGUACAUUCAACAAAUGAAUUUGUAUUUGCGAAUACAGAGGGUUCAAUUGACCAUGUGAGUGGAUGGCAGUGUGUCCGUGGUGUGUUUGAUAAAGCCGGUAUUUCUCGGUAUAUUACAGCCACGGGCAUGAGACAUUAUGUUGCCACACUCUAUGCAGCAGAAGAUGUUUCUGAGGAGGACAGAGACUUUUUUAUACUGAAACAUUUAGGGCAUUCAAGGUUUACAAAUGAAAAUAUAUACCAGAGCCCUCCUGGUAUAAGAGAACUGAUGACUGCAGGAAAGUUCCUCUUAAAGGUAGAUCAGGGUGAUGAAAAAGAUACAGAAGAGGACAGAGACCAUGCCAAUUUUAGUAUGAAAAAGGAAUUGUCAACAAAUGAUUAUGAGAAUGAUAUAGAAGUGGAAAAAGAUUGUGACAAUUUUAGUGUGAAAGAGGAAUUGUCAACAAAUGAUGCAAAAAGGAAACGAAAUAGAGAAGAUUCCUGUACACCUCAAUUCACAAAGAAAUCAAGAAAGGAACUACCGGAUGAGGAGGAUGAAUCAGAUUCAUCAGAUGAUGUUGUUGAUCCAGAAACCAUUAAAGAAAUAAGCAGUGAGCUUGAUUUUGAUUCUAAACCUAAAAGUCAGCGGCACACUUGGACAGAAGAAGAGGACAGAAAUGUAACAGAGUUUUUUGCAGAGGAAAUAAAAGAUGUAACUCAAAAAGGAAAUAAGGGAUCACUAAACAUCAAAAAUAAAAUGAAGAGGUUUAUUCAGCAAUACCCAGAAUUUCUGAAGGACUAUGAAGUUUCUAAACGAAAAUUCAUGAUAAGAGUGAAAAUCUUAAACUGCAGAAGAAGGAAAAGGGAGGUGUUUUUCCACAAUCUGGAGAAUAUUGCUCAGUAAAAAAAAAAUACAUGAUGGAGUAUAUAACCAUGAGGAAAAAUGACAAAGUCAACACAUAUGAAGAUGACUGGACAUGCAGCAGUCUUUUCAGCUACACAAAUGGGGUGUUGUUUGAGUGGUAGUACCUUUGUUCUAAGAAGCAUAUUGAUACAAAGCAGCACACUUUUUAUCUAACACACACUAGAAAACAACUACUCAUUAAAAUCAUCACAAAUAUUCUUUAUCGAAAAGAUAUUCAUGGUGACAAAAAUACCUUCUAUUCUAUAUACCCAGCAAAUCUUUCAACAACAGUCAUCUUAGCUUCACAUCUACAUUUCUUCAUCUAUUGUCUUUGAGAUUUGAAAUCUGGGUGUAGGUGGAGUGGUAGUACCUUUGUUCUACACUGGUCCACACACCACACUCACAUUUCAGACUCUUAUCUAAGACACAUCACAUUUCUCACUAACAGCUUUUCAACAACACAACUCUUCAACUAAUACUAUAUUAUAUAAAUCAUCACAAUUUAUGUACCCCGACCCUGCAAAUAAAGUUAAAGGGGAUAUACUGGAAUCACCUUGUCCGUCAGACAUUCUGUCUAUAGAUAUGAUUGCCCAGAUGAUAUCAGUAACACCAAUGAACAGAUUUGAUUAAAACUUUAUGUAUAUCUUAUAUGAAUAUUGAAGUUGCGCACCUGCUAUUUUGAAUGCGAUUUUUUAAUGUGAGGUCGAUGGAUGGCUGCAGUUUCAUUUUGGUAUAUGUAGUUAUCAUCUUGAAAAUGGUGAGCAGUUAUAGGCCAUACAAAUUGUCAACUAUUUGAAUCAUUAAACUCGUGCAUGCCCCACAACUAGGAUUCAAGCUUUAUGGUGUCCAAAUUGUUUUUUCAAUCUCCAGGUUUUCUCCAGAUUAGAAUACCAUACCAACUUCUACUUUACAUUCAUCACUAAAGACUAAUUUUUUUUCAAAUUGCAGUUACCGUUUUGUGUCUAUGCAAUUUACUAGGUAUUUUUAAAUAUUCUCAAUGCAAAUUCCAAAGUCCUUUUUUACAACACACUUGUGAUAUCCUUCCUCAUAUAUUUUUCUCAGGACAUUUAUUUGGACACAGGUCUAGUUCUUAACUUGCUAAAAAUUGAAGAGAUUUCCUGAGGUUGGCAUUUUCCAACACCUCCAAGCCUUCAUGAAUCAGUACGCUAAGUAAGCAGAGAUGGUCUUCCGCUUUGAUCAUGGUUGUAUUCAGUUCCUCAAUCUUUUAAUUGAUUUAGAACACCAUAAAUAGUGGGAAGGGAAUGUCCCAUAUGCAAUAUCUGAUCACUUUAAUUUUGCUGUAUUUAAUUCAGCUAUAACUGGCAUUUUUCUCUGCCAAUGUCAACUCUUAAUUUCCAUUUUGGAACUCAAAACAAUCGAUUAUGAAUAGCAUAGCAGAUGACUUGAAGUUUCUGGAAACCCAGAUAAGUGAACUUAAAAAUUUGCAUCAUAACUCUCACUUUGUGAAUUAAGAGGGAUAACUUAUUUACAGAGAAAAACCAUAACGAACUUGCAACUUUUAAUGCAUAAAUGUAAUGACAGCAGAAAUUAUCUUCACGACUAUACUUAAUUGCUUUCAAGAAUCUUCACAUCAAAAGGAUAUGUGUUUAUUCUUCAAUGAGCACAAAUUCACUAUUUCCCACCAUCCAGUGUGCCCUGUAGGAGUAUUUGUCCUGUUAGGACAGUUCUAGUUUCUAUCUAAAACACAAGAAAAACAUACAAGAAAAAUACUUGUGUGUGAUUUUAUCCAAAUCCCAACUUCUACAUUUAGUAAGCAUCACCCCCUCCCCCCAACCCCCCACCCCCAUCUCCAAAAAUCUUACAGAAAAUACUACAAUAACCAUUUCCAUUGCAACAGACUUUUUCAACACAGAUAGCAACAAUCUUUUCAGCUACAAAUCUACAUGACUUCCAUCAGGUUUCUUAGAGGUUUGAAAUUGGGGUGUAGGUAGAGUGUUUUUUCUACACUUGUCCACAAACCACACUCACAUUUCAAACUCUUAUAGAUUUAAAACACAUCACCACAUGUCCUCACACAAACAGCACAAUAAAAAGCAGUCUUUUCAGCAACACAACUUCCAAAACCAUUAUAUAUUCACCCAAAGCAAGACAACUUACAUUUCCAACUCAUAUCGCAAACACAUCACGUCUCCUCGCACAAAUAGCACUAUAAUGACACCCUUAUCAGCAACACAUUUCUAUCACCAGCAAAAAACCAUGUGUGUCAUUUUAUUCAACACGCAUCACAAAAAAAUUUCACACAGAAGAUCGAUACUACAAUAACCAUUUCCUUAGCAACACUUUUUACACAGUAACAAUCUUUUCAGCUACACAUCUACAUGACUUCCAUAGAGUUUCUUAGAGGUUUGAAAUCAGGGUGUAAGUGGAGUGGUAGUACCUUUGUUCUACACUGGUCCACACACCACACUCAGGCCAUUUUUAAAAGAAUGUUUGUUUCCCCUCCCCCGGGUCUGACUUUUGAAACAGACCAGGCAGGCAGGUGUGCUAUGAAAAAGCAGCUCAGAGCACCGAUAGUCAUUUUCAAUAUUGUACAUCAGAAGAAGAGUAUGCCAUGUAUUGGUUGAGCUUGUUUUUAUGUUGGUCACUGGAUUGACAUGUCUGCUGGCAUUUAUAAUUCAUAUUCUUGGACAUGUUAGUGUGAAUGCACUUCGUGGAUGCAAUAUUUUGGUUUACGUUAUGAAUACCUACUUCGACACAUUACAUCUUUUCAAAGAAAAGAUUGAAAACAAAAACAUUUAUUCUUGACUUAAUUAGUAGAAACAGAUGUACAUAAUAACAUAUCAGAAAUGUACUUAUUAAAAAAUAACUUAUUUGUUCAUGAAAACCUGGCUCGAAGUCAAGCUGUUUGUUAGCUUGGCCGACACAGUGACAGAGACCUCGUCUAACUUAUCUAUGUUGUGAUCAUCAUUUGUGGUGAAAUCAUUCAGCACGUCGUUCCAGGAACAACUUUUAGAGUAACUGUAAAGUCAAUUUACCACUAUCGGACCACUUUUGAUGUUUGUAUUUUAUUCUUACAGUAGACGACAAAGCAAUCUUCAUGUCACCCAUCUUUGAGAGAUAAAUUCCGGCGACUUCCAAAAAUAGCGAAAGUAAAAUUUGGAAUGGACACGAUUUUUGUUCCAGAAAUAAAAAUAAAAUGAGCGAUUUUUUGGUAAAAAAAAAAAUUGGAUCCCGCCGGAGGAGGGGAAACAAACAUUUUUAUUUUUAGCCUCACAUUUCAAACUCUUAUAGAUCUAAGACACAUCACCACAUCUCCUCACACCAACAGCACAAUAAAAAGCAGUCUUUUCAACAACUCAACCAUCCAAGUCAUUUUAUAUUUACCCAAAGCAAUACAACUUACAUUUCCAACUCGUAUUUAAAACACGUCACAUCUCCUCACAAAAACAGCACAAUAAAAACAGCCUUAUCAGCAACACAACCACCAAGCAAUUGACUUUUUUAAGAUAUUUAAAACGAAUCGCCACAUAUCCUCACACAAACAGCACUAUAACAACAUUAUCAGCAACACAUUUCUAUCAGUAUCAUCAACACAUUUCUAUCAGCAACACAUUUCUAUCACCAGCACAUCUCUAUCAUCAGCACAUCUCUAUCACCAGCACAUCUCUAUCAUCAGCACAUCUCUAUCACCAGCACAUCUAUCACCAGCACAUCUCUAUCAUCAGCACAUCUCUAUCAUCAGCACAUCUCUAUCAUCAGCACAUCUCAAACAAACAGCCCAACUUUUGAUCUAACACACACACACACACACAAACCAUGUGCGUGAUUUUAUUCAACACUCCUCACAAAAAAACUUUACAUGGAAAAUACUACAAUAACCAUAUCCUUAACAACACAAACAUAGCAACAAUAUUUUUAGCUACACAUUUACAUGUCUUCCAUCAGGUUUCUUAAAGGUUUGAAAUCUGCAUGGGUGUAGGUGGAGUGGUAGUACCUUUGUUCUACACUGGUCCACACACCACACUCACAACCUCAUAAAAGUAUAUAUCCUUAGAUUUAUAUACAUUUACUUAAAGCAGUACAAGUUUUUUAUCUAAUACUGUAAAACACACAAGAAAAACCAUAUACAAGAAAAUACUUUGAAGGAAAGGAUCGCAAAAACUUCUGAUACAAAAGGUACUACCCUUACUAUCCCAUAUCUCCUCCCACAAGUAAAACUACAUACAUAUCAUGAGAUGACCAUAUACUACAACCACAAGCAGCAAGACGAUGACCACAGACUACAACCACAAGCAGCCAGAAGAUGACCACAGACUACAACCACAAGCAGCCAGAUGAAGACUGCAGACUACAACCACAAGCAGCCAGAUGAUGACCACAGACUACAACCACAAGCAGCCAGAUGAUGACCACAGACUACAACCACAAGCAGCCAGAUGAUGACCACAGACUACAACCACAAGCAGUCAGGAGAUGACCACAGACUACAACCACAAGCAGCCAGAUGAUGACCACAGACUACAACCACAAGCAGCCAGGAGAUGACCACAGACUACAACCACAAGCAGCCAGACGAUGACCACAGACUACAACCACAAACAGCCAGACGAUGACCACAGACUACAACCACAAGCAGCCAGGAGAUGACCACAGACUACAACCACAAGCAGCCAGACGAUGACCACAGACUACAACCACAAGCAGCCAGACGAUGACCCAGACUACAACCACAAGCAGCCAGACGAUGACCACAGACUACAACCACAAGCAGCCAGGAGAUGACCACAGACUACAACCACAAGCAGCCAGAUGAUGACCACAGACUACAACCGCAAGCAGCCAGAUGAUGACCACAGACUACAACUACAAGCAGCCAGAUGAUGACCACAGACUACAACCACAAGCAGCCAGACGAUGACCCAGACUACAACCACAAGCAGCCAGAUGAUGACCACAGACUACAACCACAAGCAGCCAGGAGAUGACCACAGACUACAACCACAAGCAGCCAGACGAUGACCACAGACUACAACCACAAGCAGCCAGAUGAUGACCACAGACUACAACCACAAGCAGCCAGGAGAUGACCACAGACUACAACCACAAGCAGCCAGGAGAUGACCACAGACUACAACCACAAGCAGCCAGACGAUGACCACAGACUACAACCACAAGCAGCCAGAUGAUGACCACAGACUACAACCACAAGCAGCCAGGAGAUGACCACAGACUACAACCACAAGCAGCCAGAUGAUGACCACUGACUACAACCGCAAGCAGCCAGAUGAUGACCACAGACUACAACUACAAGCAGCCAGAUGAUGACCACAGACUACAACCACAAGCAGCCAGACGAUGACCCAGACUACAACCACAAGCAGCCAGAUGAUGACCACAGACUACAACCACAAGCAGCCAGGAGAUGACCACAGACUACAACCACAAGCAGCCAGACGAUGACCACAGACUACAACCACAAGCAGCCAGAUGAUGACCACAGACUACAACCACAAGCAGCCAGACGAUGACCACAGACUACAACCACAAGCAGCCAGAUGAUGACCACAGACUACAACCGCAAGCAACCAGAUGAUGACCACAGACUACAACUACAAGCAGCCAGAUGAUGACCACAGACUACAACCACAAGCAGCCAGGAGAUGACCACAGACUACAACCACAAGCAGCCAGACGAUGACCACAGACUACAACCACAAGCAGCCAGAUGAUGACCAAAUACUACAACCACAAAGCAGUCAGGAGAUGACCACAGACUACAACCACAAGCAGCCAGGAGAUGACCACAGACUACAACCACAAGCAGCCAGAUGAUGACCACAGACUACAACCACAAGCAGCCAGACGAUGACCACAGACUACAACCACAAGCAGUCAGGAGAUGACCACAGACUACAACCACAAGCAGCCAGACGAUGACCACAGACUACAACCACAAGCAGCCAGAUGAUGACCACAGACUACAACCACAAGCAGCCAGGAGAUGACCACAGACUACAACCACAAGCAGCCAGAUGAUGACCACUGACUACAACCGCAAGCAGCCAGAUGAUGACCACAGACUACAACUACAAGCAGCCAGAUGAUGACCACAGACUACAACCACAAGCAGCCAGACGAUGACCCAGACUACAACCACAAGCAGCCAGACGAUGACCACAGACUACAACCACAAGCAGCCAGGAGAUGACCACAGACUACAACCACAAGCAGCCAGACGAUGACCACAGACUACAACCACAAGCAGCCAGAUGAUGACCACAGACUACAACCACAAGCAGCGAGGAGAUGACCACAGACUACAACCACAAGCAGCCAGAUGAUGACCACAGACUACAACCGCAAGCAACCAGAUGAUGACCACAGACUACAACUACAAGCAGCCAGAUGAUGACCACAGACUACAACCACAAGCAGCCAGGAGAUGACCACAGACUACAACCACAAGCAGCCAGACGAUGACCACAGACUACAACCACAAGCAGCCAGAUGAUGACCAAAUACUACAACCACAAAGCAGUCAGGAGAUGACCACAGACUACAACCACAAGCAGCCAGGAGAUGACCACAGACUACAACCACAAGCAGCCAGAUGAUGACCACAGACUACAACCACAAGCAGCCAGACGAUGACCACAGACUACAACCACAAGCAGUCAGGAGAUGACCACAGACUACAACCACAAGCAGCCAGACGAUGACCACAGACUACAACCACAAGCAGCCAGGAGAUGACCACAGACUACAACCACAAGCAGCCAGAUGAUGACCACUGACUACAACCGCAAGCAGCCAGAUGAUGACCACAGACUACAACUACAAGCAGCCAGAUGAUGACCACAGACUACAACCACAAGCAGCCAGACGAUGACCCAGACUACAACCACAAGCAGCCAGAUGAUGACCACAGACUACAACCACAAGCAGCCAGGAGAUGACCACAGACUACAACCACAAGCAGCCAGACGAUGACCACAGACUACAACCACAAGCAGCCAGAUGAUGACCACAGACUACAACCACAAGCAGCGAGGAGAUGACCACAGACUACAACCACAAGCAGCCAGAUGAUGACCACAGACUACAACCGCAAGCAACCAGAUGAUGACCACAGACUACAACUACAAGCAGCCAGAUGAUGACCACAGACUACAACCACAAGCAGCCAGGAGAUGACCACAGACUACAACCACAAGCAGCCAGACGAUGACCACAGACUACAACCACAAGCAGCCAGAUGAUGACCAAAUACUACAACCACAAAGCAGUCAGGAGAUGACCACAGACUACAACCACAAGCAGCCAGGAGAUGACCACAGACUACAACCACAAGCAGCCAGAUGAUGACCACAGACUACAACCACAAGCAGCCAGACGAUGACCACAGACUACAACCACAAGCAGUCAGGAGAUGACCACAGACUACAACCACAAGCAGCCAGACGAUGACCACAGACUACAACCACAAGCAGCCAGGAGAUGACCACAGACUACAACCACAAGCAGCCAGACGAUGACCACAGACUACAACCACAAGCAGCCAGACGAUGACCACAGACUACAACCACAAGCAGCCAGACGAUGACCACAGACUACAACCACAAGCAGCCAGACGAUGACCACAGACUACAACCACAAGCAGCCAGACGAUGACCCAGACUACAACCACAAGCAGCCAGACGAUGACCACAGACUACAACCACAAGCAGCCAGGAGAUGACCACAGACUACAACCACAAGCAGCCAGACGAUGACCACAGACUACAACCACAAGCAGCCAGAUGAUGACCACAGACUACAACCACAAGCAGCCAGGAGAUGACCACAGACUACAACCACAAGCAGCCAGAUGAUGACCACUGACUACAACCGCAAGCAGCCAGAUGAUGACCACAGACUACAACUACAAGCAGCCAGAUGAUGACCACAGACUACAACCACAAGCAGCCAGACGAUGACCCAGACUACAACCACAAGCAGCCAGAUGAUGACCACACACUACAACCACAAGCAGCCAGGAGAUGACCACAGACUACAACCACAAGCAGCCAGACGAUGACCACAGACUACAACCACAAGCAGCCAGAUGAUGACCACAGACUACAACCACAAGCAGCCAGAAGAUGACCACAGACUACAACCGCAAGCAGCCAGAUGAUGACCACAGACUACAACCGCAAGCAGCCAGAUGAUGACCACAGACUACAACUACAAGCAGCCAGAUGAUGACCACAGACUACAACCACAAGCAGCCAGGAGAUGACCACAGACUACAACCACAAGCAGCCAGACGAUGACCACAGACUACAACCACAAGCAGCGAGACGAUGACCACAGACUACAACCACAAGCAGCCAGACGAUGACCACAGACUACAACCACAAGCAGCCAGACGAUGACCACAGACUACAACCACAAGCAGCCAGAUGAUGACCAAAUACUACAACCACAAAGCAGUCAGGAGAUGACCACAGACUACAACCACAAGCAGCCAGGAGAUGACCACAGACUACAACCACAAGCAGCCAGACGAUGACCACAGACUACAACCACAAGCAGCCAGACGAUGACCACAGACUACGACCACAAGCAGCCAGGAGGUGACCACAGACUACAACCACAAGCAGCCAGACGAUGACCACAGACUACAACCACAAGCAGCCAGACGAUGACCCAGACUACAACCACAAGCAGCCAGACGAUGACCACAGACUACAACCACAAGCAGCCAGAUGAUGACCACAGACUACAACCACAAGCAGCCAGACGAUGACCACAGACUACAACCACAAGCAGCCAGACGAUGACCACAGACUACAACCACAAGCAGUCAGGAGAUGACCACAGACUACAACCACAAGCAGCCAGACGAUGACCACAGACUACAACCACAAGCAGCCAGGAGAUGACCACAGACUACAACCACAAGCAGCCAGACGAUGACCACAGACUACAACCACAAGCAGCCAGACGAUGACCACAGACUACAACCACAAGCAGCCAGACGAUGACCACAGACUACAACCACAAGCAGCCAGACGAUGACCACAGACUACAACCACAAGCAGCCAGACGAUGACCCAGACUACAACCACAAGCAGCCAGACGAUGACCACAGACUACAACCACAAGCAGCCAGGAGAUGACCACAGACUACAACCACAAGCAGCCAGACGAUGACCACAGACUACAACCACAAGCAGCCAGAUGAUGACCACAGACUACAACCACAAGCAGCCAGGAGAUGACCACAGACUACAACCACAAGCAGCCAGAUGAUGACCACUGACUACAACCGCAAGCAGCCAGAUGAUGACCACAGACUACAACUACAAGCAGCCAGAUGAUGACCACAGACUACAACCACAAGCAGCCAGACGAUGACCCAGACUACAACCACAAGCAGCCAGAUGAUGACCACACACUACAACCACAAGCAGCCAGGAGAUGACCACAGACUACAACCACAAGCAGCCAGACGAUGACCACAGACUACAACCACAAGCAGCCAGAUGAUGACCACAGACUACAACCACAAGCAGCCAGAAGAUGACCACAGACUACAACCGCAAGCAGCCAGAUGAUGACCACAGACUACAACCGCAAGCAGCCAGAUGAUGACCACAGACUACAACUACAAGCAGCCAGAUGAUGACCACAGACUACAACCACAAGCAGCCAGGAGAUGACCACAGACUACAACCACAAGCAGCCAGACGAUGACCACAGACUACAACCACAAGCAGCGAGACGAUGACCACAGACUACAACCACAAGCAGCCAGACGAUGACCACAGACUACAACCACAAGCAGCCAGACGAUGACCACAGACUACAACCACAAGCAGCCAGAUGAUGACCAAAUACUACAACCACAAAGCAGUCAGGAGAUGACCACAGACUACAACCACAAGCAGCCAGGAGAUGACCACAGACUACAACCACAAGCAGCCAGACGAUGACCACAGACUACAACCACAAGCAGCCAGACGAUGACCACAGACUACGACCACAAGCAGCCAGGAGGUGACCACAGACUACAACCACAAGCAGCCAGACGAUGACCACAGACUACAACCACAAGCAGCCAGACGAUGACCCAGACUACAACCACAAGCAGCCAGACGAUGACCACAGACUACAACCACAAGCAGCCAGAUGAUGACCACAGACUACAACCACAAGCAGCCAGACGAUGACCACAGACUACAACCACAAGCAGCCAGACGAUGACCACAGACUACAACCACAAGCAGCCAGAUGAUAACCACAGACUACAACCACAAGCAGCCAGGAGAUGACCACAGACUACAACCACAAGCAGCCAGAUGAUGACCACAGACUACAACCGCAAGCAGCCAGAUGAUGACCACAGACUACAACUACAAGCAGCCAGAUGAUGACCACAGACUACAACCACAAGCAGCCAGAUGAUGACCACAGACUACAACCACAAGCAGCCAGAUGAUGACCACAGACUACAACCACAAGCAACCAGGAGAUGGUUGGAUGGAAAUGAACCUAAAAAUUGUUGGUAUUUGUUUUGGGUGUAGGAUAUAACUGUACAGUACAGGUAUAUACAUGAAGUACCCACCUUAUGCAAUAGGCAUGCAACCAACAAAGCAAUCUCCACAGUUUACAUGUUAAACUUCAUCAGAAUCUUAAUUUAUGACAGUUCGGAACUUUAGGCCAUAUAUUUACUGCAGUGUAUAGAUUUUUUUUUUAUCAGGAAUUUCAAGGAGUAUUUUUUUCAAGGUAGUGACAGUUCCUUCGCCAAACGCUCGGCAUCAGGCGUGAAUGUUACAGGUCUUCGAAGAUGACCUUAACAAUAGAUGUCCAUUGUCACAGUAGAUGUGGCACGCACAAGAAACCUUGCUGCUCAAUAUGCAAUGGUCUUAUACGCUGAGCAUAGGCCUAAAUUUGAAGCCCUUCACCAGUAUUGAUGAUUAUCUCCAUAUGGGUGAAAAAAUCUCAAGAGAGACUUUAGAACAAGAUACAAUCGAUCAAUACAAUCACUUACAGUGAUCCCCCGUUAUAACGCCAACAUUUUUACCUCUGCAAUUUUGGCAUUAUAACGGGGGUGGCAUUAUAUCAGGGGAGGGGGGUAUGUGUACAGUUGUCAUAAGAAAUCAAACAAAUUUUAUCUACUACAUGCUUUGAAUGCCUGGCCUGGAUAAUCCUGGCAUCCAGUGGUCGAAAAUGACUUGUAAUGGUAGGGGUAUUUAAUGAUUUCUAGUUUUUGUUUUAUGUCCAACACGCUUAGACUUAGGUGUGCCCGCCAUACUUAGAUUUCAAAAACAAUACUGCAUAUCUGAACUCAGUUGAUUAUAAUUCACGUAACUUAUUAUCUGCUCCAAACUUUGAUACCUUGAUGACUAAUGGUAGAUAAUUGCUUAAGCCUACUCACUGAAAUUUUCCUGCCGUUGAUUGGCGAUAAAUAGAGGGGGUGAUUAUAAUGGAACUAAAUGGAAGCUAAAAGCUCAAGUGAGCUUUUCUGAUCACCCGUAUUCCGGCAUCCGUCCGUCUGUCUGUCCGUCCGUUUGUAAACUUUUAACAUUUUUGACUUCUUCUCAAAAACCACUGGGCCAAUUUCAACCAAAGUUGGCACAAAACAUCCUUAGGUAAAGGGAAUUCUAAAUUGUUAAAAUAAAGGACCAGGCCACCUUACAAGGGGAGAUAAUCAAGAAAAGGUAAAAAUAGGGUAGGGUCAUUAAAAAAAAUCGUCUUCUCAAGAACCACUGGGCCAGAAAAGAUGAAAUUUAUAGAUAAGCUUUAUUAGGUAGUGCAGAUUCUAAAUUGGUAAAAUCAUGGCCCCCGGGGGUUGGGUGGAACCACAAUAGAGGAUCAAAGUUUUACAUACAAAUUAUAGGAAAAAUCUGUAAAAAUCUUCUUCUCAAGAACCACUGAGCCAGAAAAGCUGAGAUUUAUAUGGAAGCUUUCUGACGUAGUGUAGAUUCAUGUUAGUUCAAAUCAUGGCCCCCGGGGUUAGGAUGGGGCCACAAUAGGGGAUCAAAGUUUUACAUACAAAUAUAUAGGAAAAAUCUUUAAAAAUCUUCUUCUCAAGAACCAUUGGGCCAAAGAAGUUGACAUUUACUUGAAAGAUUUCUGACAUUGUGUAGAUUCAAAUUUGCAAAAAUCAUGGCCUCCAGGGGUAGGUUGGGGCCAUUAAAGGGACUAAGGUUUUACAUGCAAAUAUAUAUGGAAAGUCUUCAGAUAUGGGCCAAGGUGACUCAAGUGAGCGAUGUGGCCCAUUGGCCUCUUGUUUUUGAAUUGUGAUCCGCACGUCACUAGGAAGUGGGAGCACGGCGUUAUACUGAUGCACUCAAGAUUUACGAGUUCAAUGAGAAAUAAUUUUAUUAUUCAAUUUAAAGUUAGGAAAUACAAUAUUCUAUGAUUUAUAUAUUCUAAAGUUCAAUUAAUUUAGAUCUUUAAAAUUUUUGUAAAUCUGCCACUUGGUAGAAACUGGGAGUACAAGUUAUUUUGUUGUUACAAGGUGAAGGCCAUGCAGUUGAUCUGAGUGUGUAUUGAAUUUGAAGACCAGAACAGAAAUUUGUAUAUGCCUUUUUUCUCAUACCUUCCUUCAAAAAAUUUAUUGAUUGAUUGAUGUUUUCCGCCACACUCAACAAUUUUUCAGUUAUAUGGUGGCACCCAGUUUUUAUUGGUGGAAGAGAGAACCCAGAUACAAUGUACCUGGGAAGAGACCACCGACCUUCCACAAGUAAACUGGGAAACUUUCUCACUUACCGGCGCGAGAGGGAUUUGAACCCGCGCCGACAGAGGUAAGAGGCCGUGUGAUUUUGAGCAUGAUGCUCUAACCACUACGCCACGGAGGCCCCCUCAAAAAAUUGUCCUUUGAAUGAAUUGCAUGACUGCCUUGGCUUGUUAUACCCCCUGCAAGCGAAGUUUUGAGAUGGGGGGGGGGGUAUAUUGGAAUCACCCUGCCUGUCUGUAGAUGUGAUUUUGUCUGUGCAUGUUUUUAAAAAGUAAUGCAUGAAUUCUGAUGAAAAUUAAAGCAACAUUUUCAAUGAAAAAAUAAUAUAUUACUACUAGAUGACCAUUUGAUUAGACAGCUUCUGUUUUGAUCUGAGGAUGUAUGUAUUAUCUAUCAUAUAGUGUGUGGGUACGUAUUAGUCCCGAAAGGACUGUGCAUGCAGUUCUAGUUUUGAUUAGAAGAAACAAUUUUCUAUGAUAUCACUUUUCUAGAAAUGGGCAAAAUUGUUUAGUUUCUGGAAAGAUAAUGUGGAUGUUAAGAUAUGAUUCUACUUUGUCACCUUCAGGAACUAUAAUGUUCUGAAUCUCAAUUUUGCAAAACGGAAAUAAGUAAAGAAGUCUGUAUCAUUUGUGCUGACACAGGGAGAGGAAGUGACUUUUACGAUACUUAUAAUUUUACUUUGGAUUGGAAAUUCAUGGAAAUGUGUUCUGCUUUAUUAUAUAAGUGCAUGGAUUUCCUGAAGAAAAAAAUCUAAUACCUAAGUUUGAGUUUUGCUCUAUUUGAGCAUUCAAAAUUUGAGUAAACUCUCAGACUUAUAAAGUCCAAAUUUGGACUUAAGUAAUUCUUUUCGAAAAAUCCAGGCUUGAAUGUUUGAUCUUGUUUAAUGAUCGAUAUACCAUGUACAUGUAACUGUAUAUGGAUACUUUAAAAUGAGCUACAAUGAGCCCAGAGGCUCUGGGUGACACCCCUGCCUAAGAGCAGAUAAUACAGCUGAUGGAAACUUGAUAUUAGUUGAUACCUGGAAAAAUUAUGGCCAGAUUCCAAAUGGGAUUGAUUUUUAUGCUUCAUUUUAUUUACAUCCUAAUUCCUGCUCAAUAUUUUUCUGGUCGGAACUCAUUUAAAUAAUUUGCUUCAAAUCCCAGUUGGUAUACAUACAUUUGACGCCCAUAAACCUCAUAUCUUCUUAACAGUGAGAGAAUAUGAAACUGCCAGAUUCCAACCAAAAAAAGUAAUGGAAAACCCUUUCCAAUCACUUCUCUCUUAUUGGCAGAAAAUUUUUGUAUGGAUAUUGGAAAUCAAUGAUAAAGUGAUUAUAUAUCUAAAUGAAAAAUCUUAUUAUUCUUAACAGCUGUGAUAUUUUAUGAAAACAUAUUUUUACUGCUUAUAUAUAUCGGAUAUAAAAAUGUAGUGUCUGUCAAAUGGGAUGUUAAGGAUCACAACCCCUUAUCACUUAAAAUAUUGUUUCAAAUCACUAGGAGCUGUCAGGGAAACUCAAAAACCCAUCAUUUUAUAUUCAAUUAACCACCAUUAAAUGGUUAAAAUAUUGCUAACAGUGUGGCAUUAGUAAACCCAAAAUAAUCAAAGAAUUAUCCCUACAAUGAGCAAUACUUUGUAGGAACACUUAACACUUGAUAAAUGUACUGUUAUUUAAAAUCUUAACUAAUUGAAAUGAUAUUAAUGAGGAUGUGAAUUAUUUAAAAUGAUAAGGUGUGGUACUAUUAAUCAUGUUUGUUAAUUAAACUCACUGGUUUCAUCAACAUUCAUUGAAUACCAUUGUUUUUUGUUUAUUUAGAUGUUGAAAAGGUUUGCACCCGACAUUUGGAGUUAUACUGUCAAUUUUUUUGGACGUUGAAGGAGAAUUAGGAAAUUCUAAUUGAAAAGAAAAACUGGGGUUGCAAUGUUUGUUAUUGAACUACAGUGUUCUAAACAUGACCUUUUUGCACUUAAAUUUUAUUCAAUUAAACUUGAUUUGUCUGUUGGACCAGUGUCAACACAAUAUACAUGUAAAACUUAUACGGUACCAAUUUUGAUGCACCAGAUGCGCAUUUCGACAAAUAAUGUCUCUUCAGUGAUGCUCAACCGAAAUGUUUGAAAUCCGAAAUAACUAUGAAAUUUUAGAGCUAAAUAUAGCCAAAAACAGUGUGCCAAAAAAGUGGAGCCAAAACAGAAAUCAAUCAUUGCAUCAGAUAGAUAUAUAAUUAUGUCUUCUAACAAUAGCUGUCAGAUUAAAAAAAAUUAAUACAAGUAAUGGAAAUAAAUAAUGACCUUUUUGCAAUUGAUAUACCAAAAGAAAUUCAUGAUAUCAAAUUUGAGAGUUUAGGAAGACAUAUUAGGAGUAUAAUGUCAAUUUCUAAAAUUUCACAUAAUUUUCAAGGUCUUGUCUUUAAAUUUGAAAUUGACCUUUAAAAAAGUUGGGGUUGGAGACCAAAUUUUAAAUUAUUGGUGAAAAUAUUGAAUUUUUAAACAAAAAUUUUGAGUAAAUUAAUUUAAAUUUUUUAAAGAAUCGAUGUUCUGUUUGGAAUAAUAUAUCAACUAAAUUAAUAAAUUACAACAUUUGAUCUAGUUCCAAGUCUCAGCUACUUGUAUCAUAAAUCAUGAAACUGGAAUACACGUAUACGAGUAUAAAAAUAGAAGAUAUGUUAGAUGAAACAGAAACUAUACAUUAAUAUCACGCAGAUUUAGAACUUUUUUAUUAAUCAAUCUUUCCGCCACAAAAUACAGUGAUCCUUCGUUAUAGCGCCAACAUUUGUACCUCAGCAAUUUAGGCAUUAUAUAGGGGGGAGGGGUUAUGUGUUCAUCUGUCAGUUUGUGAGUUUAAACAUUUUCCAAUAACAAAGGGUUUCAUUUUAUUUACUUUUUUUUUUUUUUUGGUACACGAAACAUCCUCAAAUAUAAAUUCCCUAGUUAUUUUCCCCGAUGUUUGAAGAAUAUCUCAUACAGUCCGUCUUUUCACAUCAAUUUUCCAUAAUUCCAUAAAAUAGUUUGAAUUGUAUUGCUGUGAUCGCUUUAGAUUUGCUUCAUGGUAUUUAAUGAUUUCCAGUUUUUGUUUUAUAUCCAAGAUAACAUUUUUAAAUUUCAGUGUGUCCACCAUACUCAGAUUCCAAAAACAAGAUUACAGAUUUGAACUCAGAUGAUUAUAAUUUACGUAACUUAUUAUCUGCUCCAAACGUUGAUACAUGUACCUGGAGAACUAACGGUGGAUAAUUGGUUAAGCCUGCUUACUGAAAUUUUCCUGCUGUUGAUUGGCGAUAAUUAGUGGAGUUGAUUUUAACAGUAAUUGACCAAAUCGUACCUGUAAAUACGUUGGCGGAUGGCGGUGUUCGGGGGAUGGCGUUAUAACAGGGUUUUACAUAGUGAGGAAAACGGGACUUUGAACAUUUUUGGCAAUAUGUUUGGAUGGCAUUAUAACGGGGGGCCAAUAUAAUGAGGGAUCACUGUAUAGUCCCUACAAAACCCUUUCAAAGUUUUGAUUGACACAUUUUUUUCAACUGGAUAUUGGAUUUAGUAAUAGAUGUAUAAUAUGUUUGCACCAAUGGGAUCAGUAUUGAACCAGUAAAUACUUAGUUGUAGCUUCCUGCGCAGUUGUGCUCAAAAGCUCAGGAUGUAUUACUUCCUUAAGUCAAUCUACAAAAUAAAAUAUUCAUUGAUGUGUGUUGCCUCCGUUAGUAAAGAAUCCAAUUCCAUAAAUUCAAAUGUCCUUGAAACUGCGCAUUAACUUGGCUAAGAACUAAAAAUUGAUGCCCUCAAAAUAUCGAUAACACUGUAGAUAUUCCGUGGGAAUACUGAUAUUUAACAUUUCGUGGCCAAAUGAUUUGCACACAUUAAAAUACAAAAAUGUAUUGCUAUAAGUAUAAAGUAUUUUUUAUUCAUCAUUAUACUUAUAAUUUUAAAAUGGUAUCAGUUGAAUUAUUGUUUCCUGCUGCUGGGGGACUCAUGGCCAAAAGUGUCCAUGGUAACAUUGGUAAGAAAAACUCACGAGGUAUUAAUUUCCUAAAAUCGAUAGAUGGAUAUCCUUGCAUGCAAAAUGAUUAUUUGAUUUUAAUUGUUAUGUUUUUAGAUGGAAAAUAGCUUUCCAUUUAGAGGUAUAGGGAUGAAUCCCGGCCUUCUUGUAAUUCUUCAGAUUUUCUCUACAGAACCAACUAUAGCUACCUUAAAGGGGCACAAUUUGAGCUGAAAAUUUUCAUUUUUUUUUUUUUUUUUUUUUUUUUUUUUAUUGUUUACAAUGCUUAACUAAUUUAAAGUAUUUCUAAUGGCUGACCAAAAUUUGAAUAUCAGUUUUUGAGUUGUAAGUGGGAUACAGCACUCGCAAUUCUUUUUCUUGUACUAUGAUUAUUAGACCAAAAAAUUAAAUUAUCAAUGUCAUUAUUUCAUUACCCAGACGGUGAUCGUUUCACAAAAGAUAUCGAUUUGAAAUACAAAAAAGAAAAAUUUUUAAAGAAGAAAAAAUCCGAUCAUCAUACUGCACAGACUUCAUUUACGAAACAAUUUAUGUUUAAUAUUCCAUGCAAGUAAACGAGACUGUUAAUUCACAAUAUAAUGCACAAUCGUAUCAUAACUCCAUACUGCAGAAGGCCGGGGUUCGAAUUUUUUUUUGUUAUUAUGAUAAAAUUGUGUCCUGAAAACCAAGUUUUGAAAAAAGCGCAAUAUAUUGUAGAUGGGCUAGAAUAUACAACAAAAAUAUCUCCAACAAAUAACAUUCAAUUCCUAAGUCCGAAAUCCAAACCUGAAACACACAUGAGGAUUUUGGACUUUGACAUAUAUUCGACUAAUGGCUGAAUUUUAGAAAUAAAAUUUCUAAGUUCAAAAUCCUAACGUGAGAAUCACAUGAGAAUUACAGACUUAGUCAAAAUCAAGUAGCAACUCAGCAUAAUUUAUUUUCAAACGUGAGUUUCACAUUUGAAAUUCUUUCAUCAAGUUAGAAGAGAAGAGAUCAAACAUACUCUCAUGAGUUCUCAUGAUAGUUGCCUCAUUUGCAUACUGUUCAAACCUCACUCACAGUUGAAUCCCAUUUGAUUCUUGGAUGUGAUGAGGUUAGGUCUGUAUGGGAUGUACAUACAGACUUAAGAAUGAAAGUUAUCAAGUUCAAACCUUCCAAAUCCAUUCAAGAUAAAAAUAUUUUCAGAUGAUGUUUCACUUCAAAAUAAAAUGAAAGUGAAGUAUACGUCUCAAAAGGCGACACAUGAUCUAAACUUGGAAAGAUCUCGGGAGAAACAAAAUGGAGGAUGUGCGGUCUAGUGAUACUGCAUCAACAUCUAGUGCUUCUUGCGACUUCUCAUCUCCUCCUUCCCGUGAAAGAAAAAAGAGAGACGGGGUUUUUUGUAAGAAUGAAGGCGUGAAAUCUAGACGACAAAGUUCCAAAUCCUCUGACACCGAUUACAAUUGGGAAUCAAAAAAGUCGGAGAAACAGACACAAAUAUCAAACUGGACGAAAGAGAAAGCUGAGGCAUACGGACUGUUUUAUGAGAAGGAGGCAUCAACAUUUUCAGAUUUUUAUGACCUGUUUAGUCAAUGCGGGGGGAAAAGUAGAUAUGGGUUUAUUUAUCCACUGGAUGGAGAGGAGAAAACUAUGUUGGAUUCUUUAAUAAGUCAAAUCAAUGAAA